CGUCAUACAUAUAUUCAAGUGUUUGUUUGAGUGAGUCGUGACAUAACCUCAACUUAUUUGAUCGGAUCGCUCAAACUCAAACAGUAACAAUAAUUUUAAGUUAUUGCUGUGACACUGUGUUACAAUUAUUGCGUUUUACUAAGGUCUCGUUUUUUAAUAUAGCAAAACAUUAAUUAAUCUCUUAUCUCAGUGUUAUAGAAUGCUAAAGGGUGUUAAGAAUGUGGUUUUGGUAUUAUCUGGAAAGGGUGGAGUAGGAAAAUCAACUGUUAGCACACAACUUGCUUUAGCCCUAAAAGAGGAAGGCUUUAAGGUUGGAUUGCUUGAUAUUGACUUAUGUGGUCCAAGUAUACCCUACCUGCUUGGCCUAGAGAAUCAAGAAGUUCACCAAUGCAGCGAAGGAUGGGUUCCAGUAUAUCUAGAUGCAGAUCAAAAGCUGGCUGUAAUGUCAAUAGGUUUUCUCCUUAAGUCCCGAAAUGAUAGUGUAGUCUGGAGAGGUCCCAAAAAAACAGGAAUGAUUAGACAGUUUUUAAGUGAUGUUUAUUGGCAAGAUAUUGAUUAUCUAGUAAUUGACACACCUCCUGGCACCUCCGAUGAACAUAUCACAGUCAUGGAAAAUCUAAGAACUUUAGGUUGUCAAGGAGCUAUUUUGGUAACAACUCCUCAAGCCGUAGCCAUUGAAGACGUAAGGAAAGAACUGACCUUUUGCCGCAAAACUGGUAUACCAAUCAUAGGAAUAUUGGAAAAUAUGAGUGGAUAUGUUUGUCCAAAUUGUUCGGAGUGCACAAACAUAUUCUCGAGUGGGGGAGGAUCCUCUCUUGCUGAAAUGUCCAACAUACCAUUCCUCGGAAGACUGCCAAUAGAUCCAAAAGUGACUCGAGUACCUUUACAAAGUGAAAUCCAAAGGAAUCCAGAUUCAACAACAGCCCAAGUAUUCAAGAAUGUGGUUAGAGUCGUCAUGGAGAAGAAAAAUUGUAGUGUACCAACAGAUUAGCAAUGUUCCUAACUAACAUAAUAGAUAAAAAUAAUUACAUAUAGACUGUCGCCGUAACUGCAUGGGACUCCCAGUGGCGUGCGCCAGAACCUAUGGCAACCACAGCACGGCUGACAGUCGAUAUUUAAUUCUUUUUGUCUAUGCUAACAUGUAUAAUGUUUGUAGUAUUACGUAAACAUGUAUAGAAUAUUGUAUUUAAAAAAUAAAUUUAUUUUUUUAAA